AUGUCAUCACGUAAUAGAAUUUCGGAUCGUGAAAAAAAUGAAAGAAUACGUCAAUUACGCGAAGUAAUGGGUGUUACAGAACAACAAGCACGACAAACACUACAAUCAAAUGAUUGGGUCGUUGAACGUGCUGUAGCUGCUUUUUGUGAAGAAUCAUCCUCUUAUUCAUCGACGAGUGGUAGUUCCCAUCAUUCAUCUUAUCCUACUCCAACACCAUCAUCAAAAUUUGACAGGAAAAAAAUCGAACAAUUAUGGACAGUAUAUGCUGAUCCACGUGAUACAAAUAAAAUGAAUUUAGAACAAUUAUUACAUUUUAUUAGUGAUUUACAAUUCGAUCCAAGUGAUCGAGAAACUCUUAUACUAUGUUGGAAAAUGAACGCAUCUAAACAAGGAGAAUUACAACGUAAUGAAUUUUUACAUGGUUGUCAAGAUUUACAAUGUGAUACAUUAGAUAAAUUGCGUGAAAGAAUCAAACAACUUAAUAAAGAAGUCGAUACUGAUAAUGAAAAAUUUAAACAAUUAUAUAUAUAUACAUUUAAUUUUGCACGUUCAUCAACAUCAAUGAAAAAUCUUGACGUACAACCAGGUAAAUAA